AUGAAUCUUAGUCCUAAUAGUAAAGCUCUUCGUGAGCUAAAAGCCAAAUUAGUAGGUUUAACUAAUGUGCAGUUUGAGGCAGCCAUAGGCUUAAUUUUAGGUGACGUCUCCAUUCAAUCCCAAAAUAAGGGAAUAACGUAUCGGCUUAAAUUUGAAUGGGGUGACAUUAAUAAAGACUAUGCUUUCCAUGUGUAUGAUUUAUUCAAGGAGUGGAUCCUUACUGAACCUAAAGCUCAAACUCGCAUCAACAGCAAUGGGAAUGAAGUUAUCACUUGGCGCUUCCAAACCUUUAGCCAUGAAGCAUUUAACCCUUUAGCUGAACUAUUCCUCAGGGUCUUCUUUUUCCAGUUGCAACGUGUCGUCUGGAAAAAUCAAGGGAAAAAAAUGGUUAAAGACGGACUAAUAAGGGAUCACCUUACUCCAAGACUCAUAAAAAAUACCCCCCACAUUAAGUUGAUGACAUAG